AAUAUUACCUGUAGAUAAAAAAAAUUGCCUGUUUUCCUAACCCUGCGUGUUUCUAUAUUUUUUUACUUGCUACGUGUAUUUUACUUCUCUGUAUUUUUAUGAAAUUAUAAAAACUGUAUAUAUAAUAAAGCGAUUAGUUAAAUCGCGCUUUAUCUAUGUGUUAUGUGAUAUUUGUUAUAAGUUAAAAAAAGAACAUAACCAUGCCACCCAAGAAACCUAACGCAUCGAGUAAGAAAACGGAGCAGAAGAAGAAAGAAAAAGUUAUUGAGGACAAAACUUUUGGCCUCAAAAACAAGAAGGGAGCUAAACAGCAGAAGUUCAUCCAGCAAGUGGAAAAACAGGUGAAAAGUGGAGGUAUUCACCCUGCCAAGCCUAUGGAAGACAAGAAGAAGGAUAAGGAACAAAAGAUGAAAGACCAGAAAGAACUUGCUAUGCUGUUUAAACCUGUACAAACUCAAAAAGUUGAGAAAGGCACGGAUCCAAAGUCAGUGGUGUGCGCAUUUUUCAAGCAAGGCCAGUGUACCAAGGGGGACAAAUGUAAAUUUUCACAUGAUCUAACAAUUGAGAGAAAGGCUGAAAAACGUUCACUUUACGUGGAUAUGCGUGACGACGAUGAUAAUAUGGACAAUUGGGAUGAGGAUAAGUUAAAAGAAGUUGUGGAGAAGAAACACGGGGAAGACAAACAGAGGCCCACUACAGACAUCAUUUGCAAACAUUUCCUAGAGGCUGUAGAAAAAUCAAAAUAUGGAUGGUUCUGGGAGUGUCCUUCCGGGGGAAAAUGUAUAUACAGGCACGCUUUGCCCCCAGGAUUUGUUCUCAAACGAGACAAAAAGAAAUUGGAAGAAAAAAAGAAUGAAAUCUCUCUUGUUGACUUGAUCGAACGAGAGAGAGCAGCAUUAGGGUCGAAUCAGACUAAGAUUACGCUGGAAACAUUCCUUGCAUGGAAAAAGAAGAAGAUUAAGGAAAAACAUGACGCGAUGACAAAAGCGGAGGAGCAGCGGCGGAACGACUUCAAGGCGGGCCGCGCGGUGGGGCUGUCGGGCCGCGAGAUGUUCUCGUUCGACCCCGCGCUGGCCGCCCACGAGGACGACGACGAGGACGGGGACGAGGCCGUCGACCUGCGCCGCUACGAGGACCACGACGACGCCACGCACUACCGCGACAUAGAGCUCGAGCUCAUCGGCAUGGAGGCCUCGGAGGUGGACGACUCCGGUACAAAGGCGACCGACGACAGGUUGCAGCAGCUAAGUCACGACCUACAGAAUGGAACCGAGCCCGAAGACUCGGAAGCGGCGCCCGCCGACUCAGGCGGCGCGGUGCCCAUCAAUGAGAACCUUUUCCUCGACGAAGAUCUCGAUGAAGAGUUGCAGAACCUAGAUCUUGAGGAUUAGUGAUAAGGAAUGAGGAAUAGGAUACCAGACAGUAAUGCAACUUGCUUAAAUAUUAUUAAAAUUUUAUAUAAAUAAAUGACGCGUCCAAAUUAUGUAAAAUUUUGCGGCAACUGAUAGUGUGAUCUUGUAAU